CAGCUGCGCAAGAGUUAGCGGAGCACCGGCAAAACCCUAACGCUAACUUCCGAGACUAUAUCAACGUUCUAAAUUGCUCUUGGCUCAAGUUCUCUUCCGGACGCGGCGGCUUCCCUUCCUCCCGAGGCUUCGAAUCCCGAAACCCUAGUAGAACUACUUACUGCGAGAGAUGGCGCCGAAGAAGGACAAGGCCCCGCCGCCGUCCUCGAAGCCCGCCAAGUCCGGCGGAGGAAAGCAGAAGAAAAAGAAAUGGAGCAAGGGAAAGCAGAAGGAGAAGGUGAACAAUGCGGUUCUCUUCGAUCAGGCGACCUAUGAUAAGAUGCUCUCCGAGGUUCCCAAGUACAAGCAGAUCACUCCCUCGGUGUUGUCCGAGAGAUUAAGGAUCAAUGGAUCAUUGGCCAGAAGAGCUAUCAAGGAUUUAAUGGCCAGGGGUUCCAUCAGGAUGGUAUCAGCACAUGCCAGUCAGCAGAUCUACACAAGAGCAACCAAUACCUGACAGGGUUUUCGUUGAUAUAGUUAUCUAGGAUGAUGAAUCCUUUCUGGUUUCCUUGGGUGGGUCUGGUUUCUUUUUCCUGGUGCAGUGACUCAAUUAAUUUUGUGAUGCUUCGGUUAGAGCGCAAGGAUUCUUCUUUAUUAUGAAGUUAAAAUUUUGUUAUUAGCUAUUCCGACUAUGAUGCUUUUGGUAGUUAAAGAUCAAUUAUGUGCUGUAAUUUAGCUUUACCUAAUUUGGUGCUUCCUUUUAAGAUGUCGAGUAGAUUGACAUACAGAAAUGUUGUAAGCCUUUUUUUUCAGAUUUAAAGGCUGCUGGAAUUUACAGCA